AGCAGUUGAAAUUUCGGAUCGGUUUGUGCUUGUGGUGGCUUUUUCACUUGUGAAUUUAUAAUAAAUUUUAGUUAAUAAGUUCGAAUUCAAAGCGGCGAUUCCCUUCCUUGAAAAGAAGGGGAGGUGUUUCAUCUAUAUAAUAUUAAAUAGCAAAAUUGACGUUAGUCUGUAGUUUUUUUUUCGGUGAAAUGGAUCCGAAUGAUGCUAGCUUGACUUGCGUGGCAAAUGCCGAGUGGUUGAAUGCCCAAGGAAUCGCCGUAAAAAAGAUUACGUACAAACAAGCUACUCUUCGGUUAGUGCGGAACACGUUAAAGGAAAUGUUUCUGGAGAUUUCCGCCGAUAAGUCCAAACCGGUUAAGCUAAAGUUAAAAGGAAUCAACGUGCAUUCCAAGUUCAUGACUGAAGGAAAAGCUACCAUUCGGUUCAACGAAGAAAAGUGUACACUGUUUCUGUCAAAUGCCCCUCCAGGACUGCUGGUUCAGUUCCUAAAAAUAAUCUUCAUCAAAAUCACCACCGGGGAAACAUCCAAUGGGGAGUCAAAAGAGGAGAUGUUGAAAAAGACCCGUGCUCAUUUGUUGUCGAACAAGGCAAAUCAAUUCGACGAUAUCAGCCCGGUUACCAAUGCGGAACUGGCCCGUGCCCGUAAACUAGCCGUUGGUAAAGGUUCCGUCACGACACCCUCACCACCGCAGAAGCGAAAACGGGUGUCUGGCGAGGCUGAUCGGCCUGCGCCGAAGAAACUGUACACUCCCUCGCCGUUAACGGGAAAUUUGGAAACUGAAGUACUGAACGAGCAGCAGCGCAUGGUGAUGGAUGCAUGUAAAUCCGGGCGGAGUGUCUUCUUCACCGGUUCUGCAGGAACCGGCAAAAGUUUCUUGCUGAGGAAGAUUAUAUCAACGCUACCACCGGAUGGAACGGUGGCAACGGCUUCCACCGGAGUCGCUGCAUGCUUGAUAGGUGGUACCACGUUACAUUCGUUUGCUGGCAUUGGAAGUGGAGAGUCUGAACUGCAGCGGUGCUACGAGUUGGCUUCGCGGCCGAAUUCUAGUCAGAUCUGGAGGAAGUGCAAACGGUUAAUUAUCGAUGAGAUUUCGAUGGUGGACGGGGAUUAUUUUGAGAAAAUUGAAGCCGUUGCUCGUUACAUCCGCAAAAGCGACAAGCCAUUCGGAGGAAUACAGCUUAUUUUGUGUGGUGACUUUUUUCAACUGCCUCCGGUUGUCAAACAGGAUAAAUUUUCCCGUGGAGCUUUUUCGCAGGACAACGAUAAGCAGCCUGUGGUUCGUUUUUGCUUUCAAACAAAAGCCUGGAAGGAAUGUAUUCAGAACUGCUACGAACUGACAGUUGUUCAUCGUCAGAAAGACCCCGAAUUUAUUUCCAUACUAAACAGUAUUAGAAUCGGUCGUAUAACAACGGAAAUUCGGGACCGACUGACUACUACUUCUAAGCAAAAGAUUGAAGUCGAAGGGAUUCUUGCGACGCAACUUUGUUCACACACCAACGAUGCCGAUUUGAUCAAUCAAUCGAAACUUAACAAUUUAUCAGGAGAAGAGAAGACUUAUCACGCAACGGAUAGUGAUACUUACAUGACAAAACAGUUAGACCAACAGGUGCAAGCCCCAGGGAAACUUACGCUUAAAAUAGGUGCACAAGUCAUGCUGUUGAAAAACCUCAACAUCGCCGAGGGGCUUGUCAACGGAGCCCGAGGAGUAGUGUUAGAUUACGUUCAAGGUUACCCGCUGGUCAAAUUUAAGAAACGCGAAUUUCUCGUAAAACCAGAGAAGUGGUCUAUCAAGACAGCCGGAGCCGUAAUCGUUAGCCGGUCACAGCUACCACUGAAGCUGGCAUGGGCUUUUUCGAUUCAUAAAUCUCAAGGACUGACGCUGGACUGUGUGGAAAUGUCACUCUCGAAGGUAUUCGAAGCCGGCCAAGCCUAUGUGGCUCUCAGUCGAGCACAAAGUUUAGACUGUCUUCGGGUGCUGGACUUUGAUAGCAAACAAGUGUGGGCCAAUCCCACUGUGUUGGAAUUCUACCGUGAUCUAAGGCGUCAGAUUCGCGAUCGGGAUUUGAUGAUGCCGGUCGCAGUUGGACAAAAGAAGAAGGAAGGCGGCCUGAAGAAGUCACUUUCCGCUAUGGGACUGACGAAGUCAUUGAUGAGUAAACCGCUCGUGACGAUCAAUUAAGCGAUAUACAUAUCGACAAAUUUUCACACUAUAUAUGAUAAUCAUGAUAAAUCCAAUUAGGCAAUAUUUUCAGUAUCAUAGAGUACUUAGAUUCAUUUUCGAAAAUAUAUUACUUUAAGCGAAUAGUAUCUGAGUUUUUCGCCACACCGUGUGUUAGAUCUUCACGAGAGUCAAUUGGCUUAUGUAGAGUACUGUUUCAGUACUGCUGACUGAUUUUCAUGAAGUGGGAGAGUCUAGUUAUGUAAGGUAUGCAAACUAGGCUCGAUGGAACUAUCCAAGUCGGUCUUGGAUCAUAUACAUUUGGGGCAA